UGUGUCGUUGAGCAAAACUGUCGGUCAUUUCCCAGAAACCUGAGUUCAACUUUAGUAGUGAUAAUCGUCGGAUUUUUAAAAUCAAGUCUUUAAAAAGUUCAAGUAUAAUUUGUAUCAGCUUUUAUUCAUCCAUGGCGAAAGUGCAUGAAGCUCUUAAACCGAUUCAAUGGCUGAUUGGUACUUGGGAGUCGACAGUCGCCAAAGGUCAUUUUCCAACCAUCAAAGACUUCACUUAUCAUGAGAUUCUUAAAUUCGAGUCGCUUGGACAGCCUCUGUUAAACUAUGAAGCACGUUCUCGUCAUCCUGUUUCCGGAGCUCCAAUGCAUCUGGAGUCUGGGUUCUUGCGAGUGAAACCAGGAACAAAUCAACUCGCUUUUAUGGUUUCUCAUAAUUUUGGUCUUGCAGUACUAGAAGAAGGUUUGGCAACGCAGAACUCAUUAGAAUUUGAAUCGAAAUCAAUUAGCCGGAUUUCUUUUGCAAAUGAUCCGUCUGUUAAAUCAAUCAAAAGAAAUUUCAAAUUGCACGAGGAUGGAACAAUGGAAGUUACGACUGAUAUGGAAACGAGCACCACAGAGCUGACCAACCAUUUAAUAGUUAUUUACAAAAAGCUAGAACAAUAAAUACAUUCUGCUAGGGUAAAUAAUAGUAA